AUGGCAACUGGGAAUCAAAUCCAGGAGCUUCAAGGGACCUUAACGCCAAUCGUGAAAACACCACUUUCGGACAUACUUUUUUCGUUUUCAGGUCGGAUUUGUGGUUUCUUCGAAGCGCAAUUUUUUCGUUGCAUGGAGGCGUAUGGCGCAAAACUCGGACGUCUGUAUUGUGAUCUGGAGCAUCGGGACUUGAAAGAGUGUGUAACGAACGACAAGAAGAUAAAGCGUGCUGCUGCUAUUGAAGCAGAACGCAAAAGGCUCUAUCGCGAGGGAAAACUUGAAAAGCCUUUUCUAGAGGACCAUCCGUUGCCAGGACAACACAGACCAGAUCAUUUUGAAUGGAAUAGGAUCUUGUAA